AUGGCUGAUAUUGUUAUUGGGGCCUUCUUGGCCUGGUACACCUAUGAUGAGGCUCUCACCAAGUACUUCGCGAACAAGACAAAGCCCAUCCCUCUCCCCGAGAAUCCUUCCCAUCAGAGCACUGACGUUAGCAUCAUCGUCGCGACCAUCGACACCCCUGAUUCCUUCACCGACUGUCUUCGUCUGUGGCUCGCCAACCGCCCAAAGGAGAUCAUCAUCGUCACCAUCGAUCGCGAUCUCCAGCGCGUUUACGAUCUUGUCAAGCCCGUCGUCACUGAUGGCGACGACCGCAUCAGCAUCAUGACCGCCGACUACGCCAGCAAGCGCCACCAGAUGGUUGUUGGAAUCAAGCAGGCCAAGGGCAAGAUCCUUGCUCUUGUCGACGACGACGCCUUCUGGAACACUUUGCAAGUGCUCCCCCACCUCCUCGCGCCUUUUGAGGACCCCAAGGUUGGCGGCAGCUUUGGAAAGCAGAGCGCCCACAUCCCUAUGAAGCGCCGCAACCCUGCCGUCAUCACUCCUUGGGAGGUGGCGUCUCUCCGCUCUUUGGACAACCAGAACAGCAUUCAAGCCAUCCGCUGGACCGCCGACGGCGGCUGCUUCUGCAUGGUUGGCCGCACCAUGGUCUUCCGCGCCGAGGUCGCCGCGGAUCCCCGCUUUCUCCAGGCCAUCACCGCCGACACCUGGUGCGGCAAGCUCAUGAACACGGGCGAUGAUUCCUUCAUCACCCGCUGGCUCCAGACCGAGGGCUGGGACAUUGCGGUCCAGAACGCGCCCGAGGCCGAGAUCACCACCAUCGUCUUCGACGACGCCAACUUCUUGCGUCAGCUGGUCCGCUGGCAGCGCAGCGCCAUCCAGUCGUUCCUCACGACCGCCUUCUACCAGCCUGGUCUGGGAAAGAUCGCCAAAAAGCAUCCCUACAUGGCUCGCAAGCUCGUCGAGCGCCUCCUUCGCCCUCUUUUGGCCUGGAUCCACAUCGUUGCCCUCGUCGAGGGCUUCCGCAACAAUUCUUCCAUGGCGUACUUGGCCUUCUUCUGGUACGUCUGGGGCUGGAUCAGCGCCUAUGGCGGCUUCAUUCGCCGCUUCCCAUUUGCGGCGCGUCACAUCUGGGCUUGCUUCCUGCUUGACAACGCCCACCCCGUCCUUGAUCUCUACGCUUGGGCCACGCUGUCUACCGAGGCUUGGGGCACCCGCAACGAGAACGCUUGA